UCAGCCCGACCGGCACACCAUCUCGACGGCCAUCAUCCUGCGCUCCAUCCCUGCCCCCUCUCCUGUCUUUUAAAUCCGGACUUGAUCGCUUUCUUUUGUACUUCCCUCUUACCCACCAUGUCAGACGUCGCUGCCCUGGAGACAGAGGUCAAGGAGUUCAAGCUCCAGCUUGAAACCGUCCAAUCGAGUUUGCAGGUAGACCCAGACAACACGGAAUUGCAGAGUCUCAAAACUGAGCUGGAAGAACUCAUAAACCUCACCGAAACAUCCAUUGCCGAACUUAAACCGCCCGCGCCACCCGUGUCCAACCAUUCAGCCUCCGCGGUCAAGGAUAGCAGGGCCAAGGAAAACUACGCGUCGCAGCCAGCAUACCGCAAGGCCACGGUCGAACAACCAGACGAGCCGGCAACCCAGUCCUCUUUCUCCGUCAAUGAACACGUCCUCGCCCGUUGGGUAUCAGGCGACAACUCGUUCUACCCGGCGCGUAUCACAUCCAUUACCGGAUCCGCGAGCAAUCCCGUGUACCUCGUCUCUUUUAAGUCCUAUGGGACGGUGGAAAACCUAACCUCCAAAGACAUCAGGCCCAUCUCCGGCAGUGACUCGCGUAAACGCAAGGCUGAUGCAAGCUCAGGCAAUUCUACAUCGCAAUCACCGGCGCCGCAACCGCCACACUCGAGCGUGAUCUCCGCCGCCGCGGAUAUUAACCCCGCGUUGGCCAACCAGGCGCGUAAGGAGCCGAGCAAGGUGAGCGAUGGGCCGGCGCGCCCGGCCAAGGUGCCCCGGAAGGUGAAAGCCACACGGGAGCUGGAGGCGGGCAAGAUGAAGUGGAAAGAUUUUGCCAGCAAGGGAAAAUUGGGCCGGAAGGAGAGUAUGUUCCGCACCGGCGAUGGCGUCAAUGCCCGAGUGGGAUUUACCGGAUCCGGUCAACAGAUGCGCAAAGACCCGGGACGCUCGCGACACGUUUACCAGCAGGGCGAAGAGGAAGGCUAUUAGCUGGUUCAUGAGGAUGGGCCUUAUACUGUCAUUCUUUGUCCCUACCAUGUAUCACAUCGCUAACGGACUGUGGUGUCAGAUUUAG